AUGGCGACGGCAUCGACCACGCUGCUCCUCUCCCUCUCCCUCUCCCUCGCCCUCCUCGCCUUCGCCUGGGCGGCAUCGCCGUCGCCGGAUGCGGAGGCGAUCUCCCGGUUCCAGGAGUACCUCCGCAUCGACACGGCGCAGCCGGCCCCCGACUACGCCGCGGCCGUGGCCUUCCUCCGGAACCAGGCCUCCGAGGCCGGGUUCGAGGCGCGCACGCUGGAGCUCGUCGCCGGGAAGCCCCUGCUGCUGCUGCGGUGGCCCGGGCGGCGGCCGUCGCUCCCCUCGAUACUCCUCAACUCCCACACUGACGUCGUGCCGUCGGAGCCGAACAAGUGGGACCACCCGCCCUUUUCCGCCGCCCUCGAUGAGGCGUCCGGUCGCAUCUACGCGCGAGGCUCCCAGGACAUGAAGUGUGUGGGGAUGCAGUACCUUGAAGCCAUCCGCCGUCUCCGUUCUGCAGGAUUUGUUCCAGAUCGAACUAUCUAUAUAACAUUUGUUCCGGACGAGGAGAUUGGUGGGCAUGGGGGUGUUGAACCGUUUGUUUCAUCUAAGGAGUUCAAAGACAUGAAUGUGGCAUUAGUCCUUGAUGAAGGGCUUGCAUCUCCAGGGGAGGAGUAUCGUGUGUUCUAUGCAGAGCGUAGCCCUUGGUGGCUUUCUAUAAAAGCAAUGGGCGCACCAGGGCACGGUGCGAAGUUGUAUGAUGGUAGUGCAAUGGAGAAUUUGAUGAAGAGCGUGGAGGCUAUUAGGAGGUUCAGGACAUCACAGUUUGAUUUAGUGAAAUCUGGAGAGAAGGCUGAAGGAGAUGUUGUGUCGGUGAAUUUUGCGUACCUGAAGGCUGGCACACCUACACCAACGGGUUUUGUCAUGAAUCUUCAACCAUCUGAAGCAGAGAUAGGUCUUGACAUCCGAAUCCCUCCUAGUGCCCAUGUUGAAGCACUGGAGAGACGCCUUGUGGAAGAAUGGGCACCACCUUCACACAACUUGACCUUUGAGUUUAAACAGAAGAUGUCUGUCCUGGACAACUUUGGGAAGCCAGCCAUGACACCCACAGACAGCACAAACCCAUGGUGGUUGUUGCUUGAAGAAGCUGUGAAGAGUGCUGGUGGCAAACUUGGCAAGCCGGAGAUAUUCCCAGCCUCUACUGAUGCUCGCUACUUCCGGCAAAUUGGAUUACCAGCAUUUGGUUUUUCACCUAUGGCGAACACCCCGAUAUUGCUCCAUGACCAUAAUGAGUUUCUGAGCAAAGAUGAGUACCUCAAAGGAAUCGGGAUAUAUGAGUCCAUUAUCAGGACACUGGCCACUCAUAAAGAUGGUGGUAAAGACGAUGAAUCCAGGGCAGAGCUAUGA